AUGCCGUCGUCGUCCCAAUCGUCGUCGUCUAAACCGCAACCGAUUGUUCGACAAGUUGGGUUUACCAUCGGCGAAGAAGACGGGAACGCGACGACGAAUACAAACACCGGUUUAGGCAGUAAAAAAACAACGCCGUCGUCGUCCUCUGCGGUGAUUGGGAGCAGUACGAACGAUGUCGUCGCGACGAGUAAAGAAGAGAACGACGACGCCGCGGUGGCAUCCAUCACGGCCGGGUUUGGAAGCGUCUUAAACGUGUCUUCUUUGCAUCAACAAAGUCCAGAGAGGAAGAAGACGAAAGAAGAAAAGCCGGUGCAAGAAAAAGAAGCUGAUGGUGCUCCUGCUCCUCCUCCUCCUCCUCCUCUUCCAGAGAGCGAUAAAGACGAAGAAAAGAAACGAAAAGCUGAGGAAAAAGAACGCAGACGACAAGAACAUCUGGCGAGAAUGGCUUCAGAAGGGAAACCGGAACCGAAAUUACAAAAAGCGGCGUCGAAAGCAGAACGAAGGGCGCAGCAAGAGGCGCAAAGAGCGGCGAAGGAACAAGAGAAGAGUAGCGGCGGCGCCGCGACGAAGAAGAAGCAAGAGAAGGGUGGUAGCACUACUACUACUACUACUACUAGUAGUAAAGGGGGUAGCGCGCCGAGUGGUAGCGGCGAUAAGAGUGCCUCGACAGUAGGAGGUGGUUCCACGGACGAGACGCAUCGAUCAUUCGCGGACGUUCGUACAAAGACGCGCAAAGAUUCGCACUUUUGCGAGCGGCAUUUCUCGCACCUCAAUUUGCAUCAAACGUCCACAUCAAAUAAAAUCGACCACGAUUUGAUCGAGUUUCAGUAUCCGUGCGUGGAAAGAUUAGCAGAAGCAUAUCAAACGAGAAAGUGCGUGGGAAGUACGAACAGAGUUCGUCAACUGUUGUUGUGUUUAAAGGAAGUCGUGCAAUCGUACUCGCACAAAUCUGGGAGCUAUUCGCAAGCGUUGUUAGUUUUGAUUAACCACGUCAUUUCGAGAAUUCAAGAGGCUCGACCGAUUUCUACGAGCAUGGGGAACGCCGUGAAAUCGUUAAAAACGCACUUAGCAGUGCUUUCUCAAGGUGAGAAAUUGAAAGAAGCCAGAGACGACGCGGAGAUGAUGACAGUUGAAGCUCAAAAGAAGAAAACGCUCGAACAUCUCGAGGAUACUUUGAAAGAAUACGUCGAAAGAGCGGUCGAGACGAUCGUCAAAACACUUUCGACCUAUUACGCGGAGAAGCAAGUUCAACACGUGGUGACGUUUGGACAUUCUGAAUCGGUUGUGAAAUCAUUAAUACGUGCAAAAGAGAGCGGAUACGAAAACAUGUGCGUCACCAUAGUCGACGCCGCGCCGUCGUUUGAGGGACGAAAAACGUUAAAUCAUCUCCUCGAUGCGGACAUUUCGUGCGAAUAUACGCUCAUGCACGGCAUGGAUGUGGUCUUUCAACGCUUCAGUAAUAGUAGAGACGGAGCAGACCAAUCCAUGGUUUGUUGCAUUGGCGCGAGCGCCGUCCUCGCGAACGGGAAAAUCAUGUCUCGAGCCGGAUCUGCGAGCUUUUGCAACGCGGCGAAAAGUAGGGGAGUGAAGGUGCUCGUCGCUGCUGAAACGAUCAAGUUUCACGAACGGGUCGGUAUUGAUUCCGUGCUACACAACGAUAUCCAAGAUUUCGUCAUCGAACCAGGAAUGAUUUCGAAUUUGCGUAAACUGUGCUUAUCGUACGAUCUCGUGGAGGAUAUCGGCGAGAUCGUUUGCGAGAAAGGAAUUAUUGCUCCAGGGAAAGCGGUAAACUUCGUUAUUUAG